CUGAUACAGCGUUAGACUUUGGCCUGUGGGAGCCCAUCAGCUCUGAUGUACAAUGCUCGUGUCUCGCUGUCGAGGCUUCCGCUGUUGUGAAUCAGCUUGACUGCGAACUUGUGUCUUCAAUACGCAUUACUGUAUGUCAGACGGUGCCACUUUUUCUGGGACCAGGCGCGGCUUCAACUCCGCAAUAAUUAUUUUAUACUGCCAAACCACAUCGUCCACUCGCAACCGCUCCUACCCUACGUGACCGUCUUAGACUCUUAGGCAUGAGAAUCACUUUGUGCGCAAGUCGAUUCGUGUAACCACCUUCUUCGUAGCUCACCAUCAACAUGGGCAACGGCCACCACGGGAUCGAUGUUCCCCCUCCUCCCUCCGACGCACAUAUACCGCCUCCGCCGCUUGAUCAUGUCCCGCCUCCCCCAGAUAAUCUUCCUGAAACACCCACGAUGGGCCAGGGGAUCCCGCCCAAGAAAAGAGGAUGGGCAACGACGAUGAAAGCGAGGAGUACGCCGUUAAGUGUGGAGGAUCUGCUGAAGAAGAAACGAGAGGCCGACCUUGCAGCAAGCAAGCCGAAAUUCCUAUCUCGAGCCGAACGCGAACGAUUGGCCCUGGAGAAGAGGGCAAAAGAAGUCGAGGCGGCCAAGUCAUCCAAACCCCAGAAUGGUAGUCUUAGCAAUGGCUCCCACCAUGCAGCCAACGAGCCCGAAAGACCCAAGCACUCCUCAGCCCCGACAGGCCCAAAGGCUUUUCGCAAUGGAGACGUUCCCACCGGUCCUAGCGCGAUGCGGUCAAGAGAAUCAAACAGGGGUGUAGAUUUCACGCCACCCCCAGCCCCGAAGUCAAUAGCGUUCGGCAACAGCGACUCAAAGGCACAAAAGCGACAAGCGGAUGAAGGCAAGAGUGAGAAGCCAGAAGCUGAACUGAUCCGGCAAAGAUAUAUGGGCGCAGAUAUUAAUGUCUCCACAUUCUCGGCUAUGAAGAAACGACGGCGGACUACAGAGAAGAAGUUCAACUUUGAAUGGAACGCGGAGGAAGACACGACACCAGACUACAACCCUAUCUACAACAACCGAGCGCAGCCGAGUUUCUUUGGCCGAGGUCGACUGGGUGGAUUUGACGAGCAGGUGGCUGAUGAAGCUGCCCGCAAGUAUGCGGAGGCGUUGCAGUCGAGAGAUGGUGAGGCGGGAGCAGCACGCGCCCAGGAGAUCUUGGAGAUGGAGCGGAGACGGAAGGAAGAGUCUAAUCGCAUGGCCAUCGACAAGCACUGGAGUGAAAAGAGACUGGAUCAGAUGCGGGAGAGAGAUUGGCGAAUCUUCAAGGAAGAUUUCAACAUUGCCACGAAAGGUGGCGGCAUACCGAAUCCCAUGCGAAACUGGAAAGAAUCCAACCUUCCACAACGAUUACUGGACAUUGUUGAUCAAGUUGGCUACGUGGAACCUUCGGCGGUUCAGAGAGCUGCCAUCCCUAUCGCCCUGCAGAAUCGCGAUCUUAUUGGUGUGGCAGUGACUGGUUCCGGUAAAACGGCAGCAUUCCUACUACCUCUACUCGUCUACAUCGCAGAACUACCUCGACUUGAUGAAGACGACAUGCGGCGGAACAGCGGCCCUUAUGCCAUCAUCCUUGCGCCGACACGUGAAUUGGCACAGCAAAUCGAAAUCGAAGCUAAAAAGUUCGCCACACCCCUCGGGUUCACUGUUGUCUCUAUAGUCGGUGGCCACUCCAUCGAGGAGCAAGCAUACAAUCUGCGCAAUGGUGCUGAAAUCAUCAUCGCCACUCCUGGUCGUCUAGUCGACUGCAUCGAGCGGCGCAUCAUCGUCCUCGAACAAUGCUGCUAUGUAAUCAUGGAUGAAGCAGAUCGCAUGAUCGAUCUCGGUUUCGAAGAACCCGUCAACAAAAUCCUUGACGCCUUACCCGUGACCAACGAGAAACCAGACUCAGACAUCGCUGAAGACCCCCGUGCCAUGUCCCAAGCUCUUGGUGGGAAGGACCGUUACCGCCAGACGAUGAUGUACACAGCUACUAUGCCCGCAGCCGUCGAACGCAUCGCACGAAAAUACUUGCGGAGACCGGCGAUCGUAACCAUCGGCAAUGUCGGCGAAGCAGUCGAGACGGUCGAGCAACGCGUCGAAUUCGUCUCUGGCGAAGACAAGCGCAAGAAACGUCUCAACGAGAUCCUCGCGUCCGGCGAGUUUCGUCCACCGAUCAUUGUAUUCGUCAACAUCAAGCGCAACUGCGACGCCGUCGCCCGCGACAUCAAGCACAUGGGUUUCAGCUCCGUCACACUACACGGCUCCAAAACGCAAGACCAGCGUGAGGCUGCGUUGCAAUCCGUGCGCGACGGCAAGACAGAUGUCCUCGUUGCGACGGAUUUGGCAGGUCGUGGUAUCGAUGUACCUGAUGUCAGUCUUGUGGUCAACUUCAACAUGGCGCACAAUAUCGAGAGUUAUACCCAUCGUGUCGGUCGUACAGGUCGUGCAGGCAAGAGUGGUGUGGCCAUUACAUUCCUGGGCAAUGAGGACUCGGAGGUGUUGUACGACCUGAAACAAAUGCUUAUGAAGAGCAGUAUCAGUCGUGUGCCGGAGGAGUUGAGGAAGCAUGAGGCCGCGCAGCAGAAGAAGCAGGGCCGUGGCGCCGCGGGAGCGACCAAGUCUAUCACGGCGGGUGAUGAGAGCGGUGGACAUGGAGGAUAUGGUGGUAGCAGUAGUGGUGGUGGUGGUGGUGGCGGCGGUGGAUACGGAGGGUAUGCCGGCGGCAGCGGUGGUGGCAGAAGCGGUGCCUACUGAUGGGAAUCAGAGGUCUAACGUUAUUCCUACAAGAGCUAGGUCCGAUGCUCUCCUGAUACCAAAAUGCACGCGGAAUGAAGAACAAUGAUUCUACGCAUUUUAAUCAAACAUGAACAA